CUGUGAUAUACAAACAGCAACAGACACACUUCUGGCUAUUUUUUCCUAUCUUCUUCUGGCCUUUUUCCGCGCACAAUCUGGCAACAUUUAUGAUUAGGAAACUACUCCAAGUUCAUAUUAGGGCCACAGAAGAUUAGCUGUAAUCAUGACUUUCCCCCGGCUUUUACAACAACUUCCUGUGCUGCUCGUUCAGACGUCGUCAACAAUCCUCCAAAGAAAUUUUAGUGUCUCAAUUGCUGCGGCUGCAAUUCAGAAAAUGUCGAGAGUGCGCGUGGUAGACAACAGCUCUCUCGGAAACACGCCAUAUCACCGCCCACCGAGAGUGAUCCAUGUCUACACUAAGAACGGCAUUGGGAAAGUCGGCGACAAAGUGUUGCUAGCCAUUAAAGGGCAGAAAAAGAAAGCGCUCAUCGUUGGACACAAAAUGCCCGGAGACCGCAUGACUCCACGCUUUGAUUCGAACAAUGUUGUUCUGAUUGAGGACAAUGGCAACCCUACUGGAACAAGGAUUAAGGUCCCUAUACCAACAAGCCUCCGUAAAAUGGAAGGCGAUUACUCUAAAAUUCUGGCAAUUGCAAACAUGUUUGUCUAAUUUCAUCAUGUCGAAUAUAUAUAAACAUUUAGCUCUUGAGUUUUCAAUAAAAUGAAAAAUGGUCAA